ACCAGUCAAAAAAAAAUCAACCACCUUCUAUAUUCUUUUCAUCAAUAUCUCUCUCAAGAAAAUUAAAAGAUCUCUUCAGUCUUCUUUAAAAAAUUCCAAAAAAAAAAAAUACAUUUAUUUUUCUCUGCUAAUUUUGUUGAUUAGUUUUUUAGUGUAAGGUUUAAAAUCAAAUAAUUAAAUCUAGUAGAUUAAUGAUGGAGAUUAUACAGCCUAAUAGCCUGCAGUUACAAAACAUGUUGCAAAAUUCCGUCCAGUCGGUUAAAUGGACUUAUAGUAUUUUUUGGCAAUUUUGUCCAAAACAAGGGGUGUUAGUGUGGAGAGAUGGAUAUUAUAAUGGAGCUAUAAAGACUAGAAAAACUGUGCAGCCAAUGGAAGUUACUGCUGAAGAAGCUUCUCUUCAUAGAAGCCAACAACUUAGAGAACUUUAUGAUUCACUUUCUGCCGGUGACUCAAAUCCCCCGGCGAGAAGGCCGUCCGCAGCAUUGUCGCCGGAGGAUUUGACGGAAUCUGAGUGGUUUUAUCUCAUGUGUGUUUCUUUCUCUUUUCCUCCACCUAUUGGAUUACCAGGCAAGGCUUAUUCAAAGAAACAUCACAUAUGGAUAAUGGGAGCAAAUGAUGUUGAUAGCAAAGUCUUCUGUAGAGCUAUUCUUGCUAAGAGUGCCCGCAUACAGACUGUAGUUUGUAUUCCUCUCUUGGACGGUGUUGUGGAACUCGGAACUAUAGAAAAGGUUCAAGAAGAUAUUGGAUUUAUACAUCGCGUAAAAAGUUUCUUCAAUGAGCCACAACAAGCUCAGCCACCAAAGCCAGCUUUAUCUGAGCACUCCACUUCGGAUCCCGCCGCCUUUUCGGAGCCACAUUUUUACUUCAGCAAUACUCCGUCAUCUGCGGGUAUUUGUCCAGCGGAUCAAGACGGUAGAAUUACUGGAGAAGAAGAAAAUGAGGACGAGGACGAGGACGAGGCUGAGGAUGACGAGGAUGAAAAUGAUGAAGCUGAAUUAGACUCGGAUGGUAUAGCAAUUCAAAGUGGGGCUGGAGCGGCUAAUCCUAUGGCGGCUGAGGCUAGUGAGCUCAUGCAGCUUGAUAUGUCUGAAGCUAUACGGCUCGGCUCACCGGAUGAUGGCUCUAAUAAUAUGGACACUGAUUUAUAUUUGGAUGGUAUUAGCCAAGCUGGAAAUACGGCUGACUCUUUCAAAGCUGAGACUGCAAUUAGUUGGGCUAACUUCCAAGACCUUCAACAUUUACCAGGUAUACCUAGUUAUGAUGAAUUAUCACAAGAAGAUACACAUUAUUCUCAAACAGUUUCAGCUGUACUUGAACACCUCUCGAACACAAGUUCCAAGUUUGCCUCUUCUGCUACCAUAAUGGGCUCUAUUUCUCCUGAUUCAGCCCAAUCCGCUUUCACAUUAUGGCCCGUCACUUGUAGCCCAAAUCUCUCCCACUGUCGUCGCCACGAUAUCGGCGAUGGCAGUGGGACCACCUCUCAAUGGCUGCUCAAAAGCAUACUAUUCACUGUCCCAUUUCUCCACAGUACUAAAAAAUUAUCAGAAGCUCUGUCUCCAAAGUCACGAGACGCUGCUGCGGCCGACUCUUCGGCCGCAGCGUCUCGAUUCCGCAAAGGAUGUACGAUAAAUAGUUGUACACAACAAGAAGAGACGAGCGGGAACCAUGUACUAGCGGAACGACGUCGUAGAGAGAAGCUGAAUGAGCGUUUUAUUAUUUUAAGGUCCUUGGUACCCUUCGUUACGAAAAUGGAUAAAGCAUCGAUACUUGGCGAUACAAUAGAGUAUGUGAAGCAGUUACGUAAGAAAGUUCAGGAUCUCGAAGCGCGUGAUCGCCACACGGAAAUUACCAAAAAAUCAGAUGAAAAGAGUGGUUCACCAAUAGUAAAGGCGUUUCCGGUGAAGGGUAAGAGGAGAAUGAAGAGUACGGUGGAGGGAAGUAUAGUCGGAGCACCGGCAAAGAUGACGGGUUCUCCACCGAUGGAAGAGGAGGUUUUGCAAGUGGAAGUCUCGAUCAUCGAAAACGAUGCACUGGUGGAGCUCCGGUGUCCGUACAAAGAAGGGUUGUUGUUAGAUGUAAUGCAAGUUCUAAGGGAACUAAAGGUGGAAGUUGUAGCAAUCCAAUCAUCUCUUAGUACUGGACUCUUAUUGGCUGAGUUAAGAGCUAAGGUAAAAGAAAAUAUAUAUGGAAGGAAGGCAAGCAUAUUGGAAGUGAAAAAGUCAAUAAAUCAGAUAAUCCCUAGAGUUAAUUAAAUUGAUCUAAUACCUCUUAGUUUGUCUCAAAAAGUUUAGUCUAUAAUUUGCUCAGCUCUUUCAAACCAAACAAUUAAACACCAAUCAUAUUAUAAAUAUUAUAAAUGCAACUCUAGUGAGUCAUGUGUGACUAAGCUUGGACAAGUUGGAAAAGACAAUUUUUUUGGGACACA